AUGGUUACCAACACUGCCAAUUGGACUUCGUCGCAAUGGGAGUCCGAUAUCUCUGCAGCCCAGGAUGCUCACAUCGAUGCCUUUGCUCUGAACAUGGCCGUGGGAGAUGCAGCAAACAGCAAGGCUCUUCCCAUGGCCUUUAGAGCUGCUAGCGAUCUUGGAUUCAAACUCUUCUUUUCCUUUGACUAUGCCGGCAAUGGCCCGUGGUCUGAAGACACGGUCAUCUCUUUGAUCAACGAAUGGUCCGCCUAUGGCGGCUAUUACGAACAUGAUGGAAAGCCUUUCGUCUCCACGUUUGAAGGCCCUUCCAACUCUGAUGACUGGACCAAGAUCAAGUCAGAGACCGACUGUUUCUUCAUUCCCGAUUGGUCCUCUGUUGGAGCCAAGGCAGCUGUUGAGCUAGGCACUGCCGAUGGCCUUUUCAACUGGGCUGCAUGGCCCUGGGGUGACUGGGACAUGAACACCUAUACCGAUGCAUCUUACCUGGACUAUCUCGACGGCAAGCCUUACAUGAUGCCUGCAUCUCCGUGGUUCUACACCAACCUGCCAGGGUACGACAAGAACUGGCUAUGGAGAAGUGACCACUUGUGGUACGAUCGUUGGCAGGAAAUCAUGUCGAUCAAACCCCUUCCUGAAUUUGUGCAAAUUAUCUCCUGGAACGACUAUGGCGAGUCGCACUAUAUCGGCCCCGUCCAUGAAAACAGUAUGGCUGCGUUCGAUAUCGGCAAGGCCCCUUACAACUACGUUCUUGAUAUGCCUCAUGAUGGCUGGCGUCUCUUCCUUCCAUAUGUCAUUGACACGUAUAAGAACGGCAUUGCCACCGUCACGCACGAGGGCUUGCAAGUCUGGUAUCGCAAGGCUCCUGCAGCAGCGUGUAGCAGCGGUGGAACUUCUGCCAACACGGCCAGCCAGCUUCAACUGGAAUACACCCCGGCACAAGUCUUGCAGGACAAGGUGUUCUUCUCUGCUCUUCUCACCCUGGCAGCCGACGUGACUGUCACUGUCGGUGGUGCUACAGUGCCCGCUACAUGGAUCAAGACUCCCGAAAAUGACAUUGGUAUUCAUCAUGGCGAGGCCUCAUUCAGAGGCCAUUCUGGCGAGGUUGUCGUGACCAUCCACCGUGGGGGAAGUGUCAUUGCAAAGGUCACCGGCGCUAGUAUCUCUGAUUCCUGCACCGAUGGCAUUCAGAAUUACAACGCGUGGGUGGGAAGUGCUUCCAGUUCUUCCGCCGUCCAAGCGUCGCCCGGACUCAAGCUUGAUGAUGCGGUCUGCGUCAAUGGUACCGGCGUGAACAACUUUGUCGGAUUGUGCGAAUUUGCCUGUCAAUAUGGAUACUGCCCCUAUUCCGCGUGUACCUGUGAGGCUCUAGGUGCUCAGAGGAAGAAGCCCAAGGCCACUGGUGUCCAAGGAUAUCCGAUUGCCGGAGAGGAUGCUACGUACAGUGGCCUGUGUAGUUUCAGUUGCAACUAUGACUACUGUCCUCCGGAGGCUUGUGGCACCGAGAAGGUGGAGCUGACUGUGCCCACAGUGUCUGACUUUGCUUCCCCGGCCUGUGUUUCGGGUACUGGUGAUGGGGAUCUGGCCGGACUGUGCUCGUAUGCGUGCAAUUUCGGCUACUGUCCUAUCAGCUCCUGCACUUGUACCGCAACGGGCGCUUUGAAUGUCCCCAAGGCGCCUAAGACUGGACUGAGUGGUAAGGGUGCUUCCGGCAAGGAUCCCUUGGUGUACGACGGACUCUGCAACUUUGCCUGUAGCCGCGGUGACUAUUGCCCCGAUCCCUGCGUUUCGAAGGAGAGCAGCGAUGAUGAUGGCAACAGUGGAAGCAGCGGCGAUGGCAGCCAUGGCGGCGGCUCCGGCGAUGUUGUCUACGUUCCACCCUCGUUGUGGACCGACGACGAUCACGAUGCCCUCUGCGAGGCUCCUUGCACUCUGAUCCUUCCUGACUAUCCUGUCACUCCUACGCAAACCGUGACCUGGGGUCCUGUCACCAUCCCACUGAUCUCCCACGACAGCCACGAUAAUGCUGUCGUCACCACGUCUACCGUCAUCACGCCCAGCCCCUUCCCCGUCGGUUACAUUCCGUUCUAUCCGGUCUAUGUCCCUGCCGAUUCAGCGAACAUGACCAUCAACCCUACCCAGGCUAUCAUGCCCCCAUCCCAGGGCAUCACUCUUCCCCCCGGUGUUGAACUAAUGCCCACCGACCCUUCCUACACCUGGACUACCGAUCCUUCGCCCAGCAUCACCGCCGGACCUGGUGCGACCUCCACCUCCACGACCGCGGGCGUGGUCAUCGUGACAUUCCACUCGUCCUCGCACAGCGAAGACAUUCAGCCCACCCCCACCGGAACCAUCAUCCUGCCCAAAACCCCCAUCCCCGAGGUCACCGUCAAACCCGGCAAGCCCAAAGACUCCGGCGGGUGCGGCCCACUCAGCACCAAGCCUGGCUGUGGAACCAAUUUCUGCGCCCUCCUAGGAACCUGUCCGGGAUCUUCUGGCGGAAGCUCAGGCGGCGGGAGCAGCAACGGAAAGGGCAGCGAUGAUGACGACGACGACGAGCCCAAGUCCUGCUCCACCACUCAGACGGCCUCGAUCUGCACAGAGGUCAUCAGCAGCUACACGCCCGCCGGCGCAAACACCCUGACGACCACCACAGACACCUACUGUGUGGCCACAGCCGGCUGCUCGCCCACUGGAUCCACGGAGACCAUCACCAAGACGACCUCCGAAGAGAUCCACCCGAUGACCGUGACUGCCGUGGAUGUCUUCGCGACGGUGGAACCCGACUCUGUGUACCAAUCCAUCGCCAGCAGCAUCCGCAGCAGGCAGAAAGCCGACUUCACCACUGAAUGGGCCACCAAAACCACAUCCAGCGACAGCCGUCCCGCGCCCACCAGCGGAUCCGACAAAGGUAAGCUCGAAAUCACCUACUACAGAGACAGCAGCAAGAGCACCGGCGAAUGGGACGUGUGGAAUACGUCGACAUUUCCCCUGCCUGAGGGCAUCCUUAUUGGAUGCCCGGACGCGUCGAGGGUCAAGCCCGAUGCUGUGAACACAAAGGAUGCCUAUCCCCGGAUGAGGGACGGGAUGUCAUUCACGAUAUUCGGCUCCAAGUGUACCUAUAAGGAUACUGCGGGGGAGCAUAUCCCUCUUGAGGGCAAGAAAGCGGGAGAGUUGCAUUGUGAUAAGUAUCGGAAUGCUGAUUGCACCAAGAGCAGUGGGGGAGGGACUUGCGCGAAGGGAGAUCAGAACUGGUCUGCCUUGGUGACUUGUUCUUGGUAG